CGGCUGGAAGGGAAAACCAGCGACUGUUUUGGGGCAAGUUUCGAGUGGUUUCGAUUGAGUUUACUUUUCUUGUAAAAGAUGUAUUAAUGAAAUAAUUUUUUCAUUACUAACUAAAAACAACUUGUACUAGGUGGAAAUUGCAGUGAUUAUUUUGAUAGCGCGUCGUGCAGAAUAUACAAAAUGAAGGAUCCCUUUGUGACUGACUCCGGUAUCGAUUCACCAACAAGAGAUAGUCUCAGAAAUAUCGAGGGAUGUUACAAUAGAAAUGUAUUCAAAGGAAAAUCAUUUGCCAAUUCACGGCGUGCCUUGCAGUCGGGGGCGGAGAAGAUAUCCAAAACUUUUAAGUGUGUAAGAAACACAUUCGGAAAUUUGUCGCAGCACUUUCGGCUUAGUGGUAGGCGCAGGCAUCGCCUGACAGAAGCUGGCUCUCCCUGUCGGAUGCCCACUACCCCGGUGUCCAAAAAGAAACAGAUAUUGGGCAGGAGUCCCACCAAGCUGUACAGUCCUUUUGGAAUUGAAACUCCACAUAACCGCGACUUCAGGAUGACUCCUUACAUGCCUGAUACACCAGAACAUGGAGUGUCACCAAAGAGGCGUAAAGGGAUCACUCAUUCAUGGCACAUUCUAGCCAAGAAGCGUCCCAGGGCUCUGUUCCACUAAUCAAAUACCUUAAUACAAACAAAUGCACAAACCCACCGCUUGAUUGUAAGUUAAUAUA